UGCGCUUCCAUGCCCCAUUCAUUUCCAACGUGUGCAAAAUAUCCGAUGGAAGAAGCGCUCGCGGUUGCUUUAUCUUCUGAUUCACGUGGAGUCGCUGCCUGUGUGGCUGAGGAACUUCAGAAAUUUUGAACAGUCCCUUGCAUAACUUUUCUUUCCCAACGAUAUCCAGUUUUCACAUUGGGAAAAAUAGUUCACUUGGUAUCAGUGGAGAAAUUCUGCUUCUUGGUGGUCGUCUGAAGUUCACGCGCUCAGGGCUGUGAUACACCUGCUGCCGUCACUUCGCUGUAGUUCCGGCGACUCUCUCCGGCGCGAGCAAAUUUCAUUUCUCCGUGGCUUUUGCCGUACCGUUCGGAUCUUUGGAUUUUUCAGUCACGUGAUAGAGCGAAGCGAGAAAGACUGCGCGCUUUGAGAGAGUACGAGUGUAUGUUGAGAGAGAAAGAGAGAGAGAGAGAAAGGGGGGGGGCGUCUCUCUGCGCUGCAGUUAGCGGUAUCCAAACCAUACUGAGAACUGGAACGCACGGACCCGUUGCUUUGCCUCUGACCGUGGUACCCCCGUCGUCUCCCUCGCUCUCUCUUUCCGCCCUACCCCUCCUUUUCUGCUUUCCUUCCCUUGAGAGCUUCUUUUCCCCGCGAAUAUCCUUUCUCACUUUCAAUUUUAAUAGAUCUCGGAGAAAGAUAGAAGCGACGCACCCGUGAUCUCCUCUUGAUCUGCAUCACUGUGGUCAUUCACGCGCAUUUUCUCCCACUCUCUCUGGAACUGUAUUUUUGGACCGCCGUGGACGCGUGGAUGAUACACCGGGGCGAGAACCGGAGAUGGAGUUGCUCGUGAUCAGCCUCUCCUUAUGGAUCCUGCAGUGCCGCUUAGCUCGCGCGGACUCCAUUAUCCACAUCGGUGCAAUAUUUGAACAGAACGCUAUACGGGACGAUGAGGUUUUUCAGCUGGCGAUUUCAGAUCUGAGUUUGAACGACGACAUCCUCCAGAGCGAGAGGAUUACCCAUUCCAUCAAACUAAUCGAGCCCAAUAACCCCUUCCAGGCGGUACAAGAAGCCUGUGAGCUCAUGAAUCAAGGGAUCUUGGCGCUGGUGUCGUCUACAGGCUGUGCCGCAGCCAAUGCACUUCAGUCGCUCACAGAUGCCAUGCACAUUCCUCACCUGUUCAUCCAGAGGAACGGAGACGGCACGCCACGUGCCGAGUGUCCGUUGAACCCCAGCCCUGACGGAGAGCGCUACACGCUGGCCGCUCGCCCUCCAGUGCGCCUAAAUGACGUCAUGAUCACGCUCGUCUCUGAGCUGCGCUGGCACAAGUUUAUCAUCUUCUAUGACAGCGAAUACGAUGUCCGUGGACUGCGGGGAUUUCUGGACCAGGCGUCUCGAAUGGGUUUGGACGCGUCUCUGCAGCAGGUUGACCGGAACGUGACAAAGGUCUUUUCCACGCUGUUCAGCACCAUGAGAAUGGAGGAGCUUAACCGUUACCGAGACACGCUCAGACGGGCCAUCCUGCUGCUAAGUCCUCGCACUGCCCAGGUCUUCAUUCACCAGGCAGUGGAAACAAAUCUGGCAUCCAAAGAUAGUCACUGGGUGUACGCCAAUGAGGAGGUGAGUGACACCGAGAUUAUGGAGCUUGUCCACAGCGCUCUGGGACGAAUGACGGUGAUCAGGCAGAUCUUCCCACUGUGGAGAGACACCAACAUCCGCUGCAUGAGGAAUAACCAUCGCAUCUCUUCGCUGCUGUGUGACCCACAGGAGGGCUAUCUGCAGUCUCUGGAGGUGUCUAGCCUGUACUUGUACGACAGCGUGCUGAUGUUGGCCAAUGCUUUCUACAGAAAGUUAGAGGACAGAAAGUGGCACAGCAUGGCUAGUUUAAACUGCAUGAGGAAGUCAACCAAGCCCUGGAAUGGAGGCUGGUCCAUGUUGGACACCAUUCAAAAGGGACGAAUUUCUGGCCUCACUGGUUUAAUGGACUUCCGUAGCAAUGGUGCAAACUCGCACGUUCAGUUUGAGAUCCUGGGGACCAGUUACAGUGAGACAUUUGGAAAAGACGUAAAACGGCUGGCAACGUGGGACUUGGAUCGGGGGCUGAAUGGGAGUCUGAGGGAGAACCGGGCUGAGCAAGGCAUGCAAGGAAUAACUCUGAAAGUGGUGACCUUAUUGGAGGAGCCUUUCAUAAUGGUGGCAGAAAACAUCCUUGGCCAGCCAAAACGAUACAAGGGCUUUUCUAUAGAUGUUCUGGAUGCCCUGGCAAAGGUUUUGGGAUUUAAGUAUGAAAUAUAUCAAGUGGCUGAUGGGAAAUACGGAUCUCCUCAGGCCAAUGGAUCGUGGAACGGAAUGAUCGGAGAACUGAUCGGGAAGAGGGCAGAUGUGGCUAUUUCGGCCAUCACCAUCACUCCUGAGCGAGAGAACGUUGUUGACUUCAGUAAACGAUAUCUGGAUUAUUCGGUGGGAAUUGUAAUGAGCAAAGCAGAAGAGAGACUGAACAUCUUCUCCUUGCUGGCACCGUUUGACCUGGCCGUGUGGGCCUGUAUCGCCGCUUCCAUUCCUGUGGUGGGCGUCAUGAUCUUUUUGCUCCGCCGCAUCCAGUCUGCCCGCUCCCAGAAUCCUCCUGGGUCUCUCCAGCCUGCUUCUGCCACCACAUCUUUCCAAAGUGCCAUCUGGAUCGUCUAUGGAGCCUUUGUACAGCAAGGUGGCGAGUCAUUCAUGAGUUCAGUGGCUCUCAGGAUUGCAAUGGGAAGCUGGUGGCUGUUUACCCUCAUCGUCUGUUCAUCCUACACAGCCAACCUGGCAGCCUACCUCACAGUUUCUCGCAUGGACAAUGCUAUUCGAACGUUCCAAGACCUUUCUAAGCAGACAGACUUGAGCUAUGGGACGGUGAGAGAUUCAGCCGUGUACGAUUACUUCAGGGUGAAGGGCACGAACCCCCUGGAGCAAGACAGCACUUUCGCAGAGCUAUGGAGGACUAUCAAUAAAAACCAGGGACAGGACAACUCUGUGAACUCUCCCACUGAAGGAAUCCGCAAGGUGAAACGGGAUUCGUACGCCUUCCUGUGGGAUAUGGCGGUGCUGGAGUACGCAGCGUUGACGGAUGACGAUUGCACGCUGGUGGUCACGGGGAACGGCAUGAGCAGUAAAGGAUACGGCCUGGCCCUGCAACACGGCAGCCCAUACAGAGACCUCUUCUCUCAAAAAAUACUUGACUUGCAGGAGAAGGGGGACAUUGAUAUUCUGAAGCAGAAAUGGUGGCCGCGAAAAGGUCGCUGCGACCUGGACAAGCAAGCCGAAGCCCAGCCGGAGGGCCGAGCGCUGAGACUACACAGCUUCGCCGGGGUCUUCUGCAUCUUAGCCGCAGGGCUGCUGUUAGCCUGCCUGGUGGCGGCGCUGGAGUCUUGGUGGAAAGGCCCACGCUGCCAGCGGGCGCAGCCCAAAGAGGACACUAAGGGCUGCGCUCUGGAGAUGGCGUCUGGGUCAUUGGCAUAUAAUGAAAUUGCAACUGCUGCAGGAUGCGCACGGGACGUUUGGCCAGAGAGAGAGAGAGACUGGGAGGACUCGCAGGCUUUUUACACAGGACAAAGAGGUGAAUCUGGAACAGGUUCACCAACGUUUGACUGGGCUUAUGGAGGACGAUCUAGCGCACAAGCAGCUACCGGGUCAGUCUCUGGAGAUCUCUGCCCUGGACAUGGGCAGCAUGCGGCCGCAGCAGAGCUCUCAGGAAGCCAUGAGAGAUUUCACCCCUGGGGCCCUGUCCGUGACCUCGUUCCUCCAGGAGGGUCCUGGAAUCGGCCGCGUGCCCGGACGGAGCCUCCCCCUCCCUCUCAGCAGUUCCACUCUGCCCCCCUCCAUGCGCUGCAAACACCGGGCACCCAAUGGAGGCCUUUUCCGCCAGAGCCCCGUAAAGACUCCUAUGCCCAUCUCUUACCAGGCAGUGCCCGGGGGACCCAUCCCAGAAGCCAUUGAUCCAAGCCAUGGGACCUCUAUUUGAUUUGACCAAUCACAUUGUUCUAAAGACUGCACAGGAAGUCUGGGUGCAUUUAUACUAUUGCAUUCGUAAAAAGGAAUAUUGAGAUCUUUUUAUUUCAGUACAGAAGAUAGAACAUAUGACUGUGAGUAAAGAGACGCUGACUUUCCUUGACUGUACAUAUUUGUAUAUAACGAGAGACGGCGGUGAAGUCAAAGUGUAUUUUGAAUAUUCAUGAUUUUUUUGAAGUUGAGUUUAAAAGAAGUAACUUACAUAAAAAUACAGACUGUUUGAAUGGCUUUGUAAAUUUUGUUCUAAAAUAAAAAUGAGAAUUCCUUGUGGAUGUUUUCUAA